AUGCUUGCUGUCGAUGUCUUGCCUCCCGUAAAGCGACUUUGUCGUCUGGACAGUGUGGAGACAGAGCAUGGUUCCCGCGCUUUUGAAACUUCCCAAGAAAUGUCGUCUGAAAACGCAAGAAGGAAAUGUCCCAAAUCGACUGUCAAACCAGAACCGGAAGUGGAUAACAGUCCUGCGUUUUCGGAAGACGAUUGCACGCUGGGAGAUGAGGACAAGAAUGGCGUCGAGGAAUCGGCGCUGACCAAGAAAACAGUCGCUCAGAUAAUGAGAGACAAGAAGAAACAAACGGCUUUAACUCUAGCAUGGCUUGAAGAAAACUACUGCGUUUGCCAAGGUGUGUGUCUACCACGGUGUAUUCUCUACGCUCACUAUCUGGACUUCUGCCGCAAGGAGGAGCUGGACCCAGCGUGUGCUGCAACAUUUGGAAAAACAAUUAGACAAAAGUUCCCUCAUUUAACAACAAGACGGCUUGGAACCAGGGGUCAUUCAAAAUAUCACUAUUACGGAAUCGGAAUUCGGGAAACCAGUCAAUAUUACCACUCUGUAUACAACGGCAAGGGUCUAACGAGGUUUUCUGGAUGCAAACUCAAGAGUGAGGGUGGAUUUACUCGAAAAUAUUCUCUAAGCUCCAAAACAGGAACAUUGCUACCAGACUUCCCUAAUGCUAGAUAUCUCAUUCUACCACUUUCGUUAUCACGAGAAAAGGUUGAAACUUUCAUCAUGAUGUACAAAACACACUGUCAGUGUAUUCUGGAUACAGCAAUAAACGCCAACUUUGAAGAGAUUCAGAACUUUCUACUACAUUUUUGGCAAGGACUUCCAGAACACCUGCUCCCCCUGGUAGACAACCCUGUGAUUGUAGAUAUUAUAUGUGUUUGUGAUUCAAUAUUAUACAAGGUGCUAACCGAAGUGCUCAUUCCUGCCACGAUGCAAGAAAUGCCAGAAACGCUGCUCUGUGAUAUCCGAAACCUAGCCAAACACUGGGAGAACUGGGUGUCGUCUGCCCUGGAGAACCUUCCAGAAGCUUUGUCAGACGCCAAGAUCCCAGUGGCGCGAAGGUUUUCAUCUUCCCUCAAACGACAGACGGCUUUCUUACAUUUAGCUCAGACUGCUAGACCGGUGCUGUACGACGCCCAGCUGGUGAACCAGUCUAUCGUGGACAUUGACCGAAUAGACCUGAGCAGUAUCAGCUCCCAGGCGCUGUCCUGUAAUAACAAGGAGUGUGACGCUGAGAUAGAGGUGAACGCGGAGUUUUUACGAGAAUUUAAGGAAAUCCUACGUAAACAGGCCACCGUGGAAGCGUUCACAGAGUGGCUGGAUGGUGUGGUGGAACAGAAAGUCAUUAAGCCCAGUAAACAGAACGGGCGGUCGUUCAAAAAGCGAGCCCAGGAGUUCCUGCUCAAGUGGUCUUUCUUCGGAGCCCGCGUCAUGCACAACCUGACUCUGAACAAUGCUCAAAGCUUCGGCUCGUUCCACCUGAUACGGAUGCUACUUGAUGAGUACGUCCUGCUGGCGGUCGAAUCGCAGCUACACAACGAGAAGGAGAUGGAACUGCAGUCACUUCUAGACAAACACAUGAAGCCAGAUGACACGGGGUCAAAACCGAAUCUGGACCAAGGACCUGGCACGUGUUUCGUUGCUACGCCGAACCGUAACAGUGUGUCUCGUAACGAGAACUGCGUGAAGAGGGAGCAGCAGUACCUGGACCCGUCCUUGAACCACAGUCCCUUCAACCCCAUGAUCCCGAACGGCAGAGAACCCUUCUCCAUGUCACCGCACCUCAGCUCGCUCAACUCCAUGACUGUUUCUGCUGGUAACCAGAUGCUGACACCGCCAAUUUCACCCAUUGUGCCUAAUCCAGUCAGAACAUCUGUUAUAAACCAAGCGCCAAUGCAAUACGCUAACACGUCACAACCUGUUAUGACUGGUCAUCCAUACUCGUAUAUUGGUCAACACGGUGACUACAACCACACGAGUUCGCCGUACGUCGGUAACAUGGGCUACGGCAGUGCGACUUUGCCCGGUGCAUUUAGAACACCACCACACGGGUACAACCCAAACCCAUAUCACAAAGACAUUGAACAGUUCACAUACCACAACCAAGAAUAUCCCGGGGAGUCCUGUUACACGUCAUCAAAUCUGUCUGCGUACCAGCCUAACAACCAAUCCAAUUAUCAGUCGGUCAGUGUGCAAAAUGGCGGAAACGGAAGUGCCUUCAACGUGGUUCAGAGUAAUUCACCAUAUGCCGGGUCAGGAACGUAUCCAAGUCAAGAAUUUUAUGGCGGUCAUAGCUACCCACAAUCAAAACCUCUCGUGGAACACGUGUCUGUGAUUCAGCAGCGACCUCAUCCAUCGCACCCACCCUCGCACUACCCUGCAGAUAUCAACUACCCGCUCAACAUCUUAGACCGUGCCCACCGGAACAGGGAUACCCAGCAUCCCUUCACAAGCGGAAGUUCCGCUAGCUGCCACAGUCCGACUCACGUUCACCCUCCUCCUCAUGUUAACCUUGACGAUGAUCUUCUAAAUAUAGCAGUCACGGGAAUGAUUGGUUCUACCCAUGAUAUGACGUCAUCAUCAUAUUCAGAUCCUGGCCCACUGCCUUCCAUAAACACUGUGUUCAUGAACUGUAUGCGAGACUCGCAACCUCCACAAAGGAUUCAAAUGAAGGACUUUGAGUGUGCCAGCCAGAAUCUCACCAAGAGUCACAACCUUCAUCGAGAGAAUUCAAACGAGAGACUCUUUCACAACCUCCACUGA